UCCUCCGCCCCUUUGUCAGCCUCGUUGCGGAGGAAGCGGCGUCAGAGAGGCCUGAGGCGGGGAAGCGGUCGCUGCAGCAGUUUCAAGGAGGUCGAGGAGACAGGCGCCGUCUCCACCCGCGUUCGAGCCGCGAGGGUCGUAGCCGCCAUGGAUUACGGGGAAGAAAUGGAUCGUGACUAUGGGCAUGGUGCCUAUGGUGGCCCAAGAGCUAUGGACUCUUAUAUGAACCAGUCAUAUGGAAUGGAGAGUCAUGGAGGCGGCGGUGGAGGUGGUAACAGGUUUGGACCUUAUGAGUCUUAUGACUCCGGGUCUUCUCUGGGUGGGCGAGAUCUGUACAGAUCUGGCUAUGGUUAUAAUGAACCCGAACAAAGCCGCUUCGGAGGUAGUUAUGGUGGUCGAUUUGACAGCAACUACCGGAAUAGCCUUGACUCUUUCGGAGGUAGAAACCAGGGCGGGUCUAGCUGGGAAGCACCUUACUCACGCACAAAAUUGAGGCCUGGGUUUAUGGAGGACAGAGGAAGAGAGAGUUACUCUUCCUACAGCAGUUUUUCUUCACCCCAUAUGAAGCCUGCACCUGUAGGCUCUCGGGGGAGAGGAACGCCUGCUUACCCUGACAGUGGAUUUGGAAGCAGAAACUAUGAUGCUUUUGGAGGACCAUCAACAGGCAGAGGCCGUGGCCGAGGAUACAUGGGAGACUUUGGAGGCAUGCAUAGACCUGGAAUUGUGGUUGACUAUCAUAACAAACCCAGUACUGCAGCAGUAGCUGCACGAGGAAUAAAGAGAAAAAUGAUACAGCAGCCAUAUAAUAAACCAGGUGGGACAUUUAUCAAGAAACCCAAACUGACAAAACCUAAUGUGAAGAUGAACCAAAACAAACCUAGUGUCAAGCCAGAAGUGAAAAACGAAGAGGAAGAAAAACGUCGGAUUGAGGCAAGAAGAGAGAAGCAGAGGCGUAGGAGAGAGAAAAACAGUGAAAAGUAUGGUGAUGGUUACAGAAUGGCAUUUACCUGCUCAUUCUGUAAGUUUCGAACCUUUGAAGAAAAGGACAUUGAAGCUCAUCUGGAAAGUCCUGUGCACCAAGAAACUUUAGAUCAUAUUCAGAAACAAACCAAAUUUGAUAAAGUUGUGAUGGAGUUUCUGCAUGAAUGUAUGGUGAAUAAAUUCAAGAAGACGGCUAUGCGUAAACAGCAGACUGCCAGCCAAAUGGAAGCUGCCUUGUUGGUUGAAAAAGAUAUAAUGGAAGGUGUUACAGCUGAUGAUCAUAUGAUGAAAGUUGAGACUGUUCUCUGCUCUGCGUGCAGUGUGUAUGUUCCUGCACUACAUAGUUCUGUUCAGCAGCACUUAAAAUCUCCUGAACAUGCAAAGGGAAAACAGACUUACAAAGAACAAAUUAAGAGAGAGAGUGUUCUCACUGCUACCAGCAUUCUGAACAACCCUAUUGUGAAGGCACGGUAUGAGCGCUAUGUUAAGGGUGAAAAUCCAUUUGAAAUUACUGAUCAGAAUCCAGAGCAGCAAGGAGAAGAUGACAAAGCUGAUGAGCCCGUAGAGGAGGAAGAGGAGGAGGCAGAAGCUGAGGAAGAGGAGGCUGAACCUGAAGAACAGACUGACUUCACUCUUGACCAGACAGAAGAUAAUUAAACUGAACACAAGUAGAGAAAAAUGCUGCAUUGUUUUUCUGUUAAUGUGGCUGUGUAAAGCUUCCAAUAGUUAAGCAUGAGAUUGUGUAAUCAUCUUUACCCUGUGCAUGCAUUCCAUUCAGAUUAAUAGGGAUUUAUGUAAUUUUUUUAGCUUUGCUCAAAUCUGUAGUUAAAGCAAUUUUUAGUUGUGCUUUUAUAGUAACCAAGUGUUAGUACUGAUACAUUAUUGUAUUGUGUAUGUUUUUAAAUGUUGUUUUUCCUCCCUUGUGAUGUUGAGAAUUUGAUACAAUGAAAUUGAUUAGUCAUUUCAGUACAAGGAUAUGUCAGCUAAAUGCUGUGUGACUUAACAGCAUUAUUUACUUCUAGAAUGUGUAAACUAAACUGAAUUAUGCUGGGAGUGUGGCUGUCUUUUGGACUGCAUCACUCAGUGUAAAAUACAUGUUAUGGCACACCUUGCAGCUUUUUUUGUCAAAAUAUACAUGUUUGUAGCAAUAAAAUCUUUUGGAAA